AGGAAAGGAGGGAAGGAGGGAGACCGGGAGGGAAGGAGCUGGCGGCCCCGCCCCAGGCCCCGCCCAGCCCGAAGGAGGAGGGCUGACUUUUCCGCCUGGGGGACUCGGCAGCAGGCAGGACGGGGUGCCCUUCCCUUCCUGUGAAGCUCGAGCAGCCCCACACAAGCCCAGCCGCCGCUCACCAAGAAUGGCAAUCCCUCCGACCCACUACCCGGCCACCAGGGCGGCCUCGGUGGUAGAGAGCUGCAUCAACUACCAGCAGGGCAGCCCCCACAAGGUGUUUCUGGUGCAGACAGUCAAACAAGCCAGCCUGCAGGAUAUUCCGGGAAGAGGACGUAAGUAUCACCUUAAAUUUUCUGCGGAAGAAAUUAUCCAAAAACAAGUUACAGUGAAUUGCACAGCUGAAGUACUGUACCCUCCAAUGGGACAAGAUACUGCACCAGAAGUCAACUUCACAUUUGAAGGAGAAAUUGGAAAGAACCCAGAUGACGAAGACAACACAUUUUAUCAUAGACUCAAGUCUAUGAAGGAACCACUAGAAGCACAAAAUAUUCCAGACAGUUUUGGAAAUGUACCUCCAGAAAUGAAGCCAGUUCAACAUUUAGCCUGGGUUGCCUGUGGUUAUAUAAUAUGGCAAAAUUCUACUGAAAAUACAUGGUAUAAAAUGGCAAAAAUUCAAACUGUCAAGCAAGUGCAAAGAAAUGACGACUUCAUUGAGUUAGACUACACCAUUCUACUUCAUGACAUUGCAUCUCAGGAGAUUAUUCCUUGGCAAAUGCAAGUUCUCUGGCAUCCACAAUAUGGUACUAAAGUAAAACAUAAUAGCCGUCUACCAAAGGAAGCACAAUUGGAAUAAAUGAAGACUGUAACAUUCGAUGAAGUAUAAACAUGCUUAUUAAUGACGUGUAUACCAGUCUUCAUUGAUAUCUAGCUUAAAGGGUCAGACAAAUCUCAUAAGUGUCCCUUUGUAUAAAUGGCCUGAACUACAGAACUAUAUAGCUUCCAUAAUAAAGAGCACCACAAUGUAAAAGUGUCUUAUCAACAGUAAUAGUGCUAUGUAUAUCCCCUAAUAAAAAGCUUUAAAUUCCA